ACGAGAGACUGAGAGGUUGUGAAUCAUGCAUGCAUGCAUGCAACAUAAUCAGCAGGCUACCGGAUACAACUCAAUGAAAAACAAAUCCCGAAAACUAAGACCCGUUUAAUUCUUUUGGUGCUACCCAAGGGCCUGUUUGUUUUCCUUUUUUUUUUCUUUUAUCUCUUUGUUGUAGCUUGUCAACGUUUGUUCAAUACCUCUCUUGCCUCCUUGUCUUGACCAAUCAGGGAAAACUGUCAACGAUUCGUAACGGGGAGGUUCCAAGAGUGGAAGACGAAACAAAACAAGGAAAACAAAACAAACUCUUCUCCAAUUUCUCCUCUCUGCCGAGAUCUACUCUUUUUUUUUAGGGGUCCCCCGGAUAUCAUACGUCAAGCAUAACUUGUAUUACUUACUACAUUCUGAAUUCGGGGCCACACCCCCCAAAAAUCGCAAUAAAAACCAGUCGGUCGUCAGUCAGCCCAUGGCGUCGACCAUGGCGGAACGGGCUGGACCGCCAGCAUCAACGGCAGCAGCUCGCCGCCCCAGCACGCUGUCUGAGAUUCGGAGGUCUGUUAAGUCCAGGCUGCGUCACCUUCCGUCGCCGUCGUCCUCAUCACACCCGCACCUGCGUGAUAAGUCGACCGGUGCUGAGGGCCACGACGCCAGCGGUUACGACAUCCAGGCCGAGCUGGUCAGCAGGGACAAGGCGAGGCAGAAGGAGGCCGUGCGACGUUACCUCCAGUCAAAAGUCAGAAAUGACUGGGCGUUUGAGUGGCCGCCUCGGGUCACGCCACCUGCUCCCGCUGCCGCCGCCACUGUUCCCAAUACUCCGGCAACGGUGGAGGGGACACUGGUGACUGGCAGCAUAUCUGAAGCUGUGGAUGUGGCGGUGGGAAGUUCCAGCAGUGGCCACCAUGAUAUAGACCAUGCCGGGCCCUCUGAGCAACCACCACCAAACCCCGUUGUCGAAGAGGAAAACGACAAGCUCGAGGAGGCUGGCGGCCAACCACCUGCAGCUGUCGAAGUUCUGGACGCGGUGGAAACGGAUGAGCCAAUCGACUCGGGUGCGGAAGCUGAUUCAGACACCGAGUCCAUCUACAGCGUCAUAUCAGAAGACCCAUCGCAGUAUCGUCCCCGGGCCGAGUGGACAUCAGAUAUCUCGGACGACGAUGGCACCACCUUCAUGCCAUCCGGCCCAGCCGUGACACAUUCGCCCUUCCGCUUCGACAGUCCCGAUUCAGUCGGUGUCGCCGUGCAAGCGACCUCGCAGGCUGGACGCGAAAAGCGCCGCCGGGCGGAUCGUGACGAGAUGGCUUGGAACGAAGGGCUCGCGUGCUUCAACGCGAGGAGGGAUGCCUGGACCGGCGCCAGGACGGUACGGCUCAAGCCUAGACCGCUCAUGAGCCCUACAAGCCCGACAAGUCCUAGGCGGAGGGAUAAGCUGUUCCGCUUCAGGUCCAGCCACGGCGAGGGCGAAGCUGUAAUGCUUGCAUCACCGACGUCGGCCACCACUACGGCCAGUAGUAUCACCACUGCAAAGGCCCAUCCAACAUCAACCUUGGGGAUAACAGCAGGAAACACCGCGGGAAUUGAAACCCUGACCCCGCCAGCAUCUGAUGGCGAUUCCAUCCUCUCCCCGGUGGCAACCAACAAAUCUCACUCACUAAACACCGCGGGUACCGGCAGCAACCCGGACCCGUCCACAUACCCGAUCGAAACCAUCCUCCCAGUGCCCCCACCACUCCUCCCGCCCAACAACCCGAUGCGAGCCAGCAUCACCCCGGCGCUGUACCUGUCCAUCUACGACAAGGUGGUCGCCGCGGCUGCGCAACCGUCCUGCCCCAUCAACCUGUCAGAUAUGAUACGCUCGUGCGUGGCGGCCUGGAAGCGCGACGGCGAGUGGCCACCCCGGCCGUCCAACAUGCUGGGCCUGGGUCAUGACCAGAUGAUGACGGGCGUCAUGAUGCCCAACUCGGCAGGAGUCGCGGCCGCUGCGAGGGCGAGGCGGAGGGUCGAAAAGGAGAGGGAGCAGAGGCGGCAGGAGUUGAUGAGAAAGGAGGCCGGUGCUGGCGGCGGCGGCGGCGGAGGUGGCGGGCACGGGAGGAGGAUGAGCUUCGCGGGCCUAAUCGGGCGGCGGAACAGCGCCGCUGGUGUCGACGGGACCGAAGGGGGCGGAGGCGGCGGUGCGAAUCAUGCUGCAGGCGAAGAGGAAAGGUCGGGCAUUAGGAAGAGUUUUAGGAAGAUCUUGCACAUAGGCCACCACGCGCCUGCACCUGCACCAUCACCUACAGCGGCGGCGACACCAGGGGCCGGGGCUUAACUAGAGGUGGCUGCGCCAGGAUGAGGUGGGUCCUGCUAGGAUCCGUUAAUAGGUAUAUAACCCGUUUCUGGAUGCCAUUGACUGUUUUCUUUUUCUCUUUCUUUGUUUGGGGGACGCGGGUAGUAUACAUUAUACAUGUAUAUGUAACAUGCCUUUUUGGGUUCUGUUUUCUUGUCGGGACGGUCCUUUUUUUCGUCUAUCUCGGUACGCCGUAAGUUUGGCAAAACGGCUGAUGUGUCUUGUUGUUCAUGACCUGGAUGACGGUCUAAUACCCUCC